GAUAAGUUUUGUUUCACAUAAGAAGAGUCAUCGCGUACGUCUACGGUAGACCUCCUAUUUCCACUUUAUUACCCCCGUCAAUGUUCAGCGAUCCCUUCACCGCUGCGUGUUGUUGCCCUGACAGACGAAUGACAACCGUGCUGGCUAGCUAGCCGGUUGCAUUCCCGCCUCUUCCUUUUCCCGCUACUUCAGGAGCAACUAAAUAAUACACUUCUUCCCUUCUCUUGUCUCGCUCACUCACUCCCAAGUUUGCGAGAAGGAUAAGUACAGUACUGCCAUCAUGCCAGUGGAAAUAGUCACCAUUGUGAACUCUUCGGGGAAGAUAAUUAGCAAUGGAAAACACCUGUUCAACGUUUUAAAAGAGGCCAAGGCCACUUACCAAGAGAAGAAAGCUGCUCUCAAAGCAGAGCGUGCCGUGAAGCGCAGCGAGACCUUUGAUGUGCCGCCCUCACCGCGCUAUUAUGAUGAAGUCGAAUAUGGGGAUUGGCCUAGGCGAGCAUCUCACGACGAUGGUGCCUCCCAAGCGACGUCUCGUAGGAGUUAUGGAUCCAGGAGAUCUAAACAACGGGCCGCAUCGCAGACGAGAUCAGCCUUGACCGAGCGCAACCUCCAGACUCAUAGCGAAGUCUCUUCUACAGCUCCUUCACGCCCUCCUCCCGUUACCUACCGUUCCCCAUAUGCGGAAACUGCCGGCAGAGAGAUGACAUUGAGUCGCCCUACUCUGGCGCAUGCGCCGACGAUGCCCGCCUAUGCCGAUGAACCUUCUAUCGCGCCCUCGAUGCACACCGUAACUGUACCUCGAUCAGUUUCGGAUCCGGCAUUGAGAGAGAAGCGAAAGGAGAUCGAUAUGGAUUUGGCAUAUGGAAAUGUCCCACCGGAUCUAGAGGAAAGGGUCGACCUAGACCCUGCUUAUAAGGCCGCCCAGAAGGAACGUAACGCACUAGACUUGAUAGAGAAGAUAGAAAAACUGCUUACGGAGGCCCAAUGCUUGCAUCACACUGCCACGCACAUCAUUCAACACUUACAGGGGAAUCCCGAUGCCGCCGCCGCCGUCGCGCUUACGCUCGCCGAGCUGUCUGCGCUGCUGGGAAAGAUGUCGCCUUCUUUCCUUUCCGUCCUCAAAGGUGGCAGUCCCGCGAUCUUCGCUCUUCUUGCGAGCCCACAGUUCCUGAUCGCCGCCGGCGUGACAGUGGGAGUUACGGUUGUCAUGUUCGGCGGUUGGAAGAUCGUCAAACGUGUCUCCGAGGCGGAAUCUAUGGCCGCUACGCCAAUGGCUUUCCCGGCGUACCAGCCAGGGCCGGCCGAAGCCGAGCGACAUCACUACCCGGAGUCGGAGAUAAGCGCCGGGUUCGACGAGGCCCUCGUCCUGGAAGAGGAGCUGAGCACCAUCGAGAGUUGGCGCCGAGGCAUCGUGCCGUUUGGAGAAGACGAGCAAGCCGACCUCGAGCUCAUUAGCCCCGAGGCUGAUCGCGCGAUUCGCAAACAGAACGGUGAUGACACUCGCAGCAUUCGCACGUCCAAGACCAGCCGGACAGCGAAAACGAAUAAGACGAGUAAGACGUCUAAGACGAGCAAGACGCACAAGAGCCGGAGGGACAGCGCCGGAGAUAGCCGUAGCGAGAAGGGGGCCGACAAUGCGAGUGAGGCGGGCAGUCACCGCAGCCAUCGGAGUACCCAGAGCCACCGAAGUCAUCGGACUGACACGACGGAGCGCACCACCAAAUCCAAGCGACCCGGAAAGGUGGAAAUUAAGGCGAUCGAUGACGGUCGCAGUGACCGAGAUAACUCCAUCAACGUGGUGCUCCGUCCUAAGAAGGACAACAUGCUUAAGUCCUUGUUCAAGAAGAAGAAGGAUCGGGAGGAGAAAGAACGAGUUUACUCGGUGGUUCGGUAGUCAUUAUCCGGGCUUCAAUUCUUUUCUACAGGUACAGGUACACAAUACAGCAAUAGGGGGAUACCAGGGUCGAAGACAUGUCAAACUCAGUUUAUCGGAGUUAUAGGGGCAACAUUUUGAACGGGGCAUGAUGCAUAAAGUGAGCGAUCUCGCCUUACAGGAUCUGUUUAUUAGGGAUGAAGACAAUGUAAAGGGUCUCAAAGUGUAUGUACGGUUUAUUUCGAGUUUAUAGCAUCUGAGCAUGGGCCGGAGAACAAUAUAAAGUAUAUGUCAAGAACUUAACCAGGUACCAACUAAGGUAACUUACAUACACAUUUGAUAUACGCAUCUGUCAGUUGACAG